UAGUCAUUUCACUUCUGUUUCCCCCCCUGCGCUGCCCAGCCAACGCGAAGCUCCUCCCAACGUCAAUUCAACCGAUCUCGAACCUAAACCUGCGACGCGAACCCACAAAACUACUCACACACUCACAACUCACACAACACCACUCACAACCCACGACCACGACCACCACACCAUGCCCUCCCGCGCACCACAACCUUGACCUAACCUCACCACGACACACACCACACCACACCUUACCUAUCUACAAACCGCCACCAUGAGCGACAGCGAACUAUUCUUCAGCCUUCUCCGGAUCUCAGCGGCGCAGAUCCUGCGGGCGGCGGGGCUCACAACCGCGAAGCCAUCAGUCGUCGACGCCUUCACCGACAUUCUGGCGCGACACCUCCUCCUGCUCGGAUCGACAACACGCGAGAUCGCCGAGUCCUCUGGGCGGCUGCACGCGGAUGUGGACGACGUGCGGCUGGCGCUGGAACAUGUUGGCGUCAUCCGGCCCGUCAAUGUUUAUGCCGACCCCGACGACGUGGACACGCACGGCGUGGACUCGCUUGUCGAGUGGUUCCGUGGGACACAUGCGGCGGAGAUGAGGAGGGUCGCGGGCUACGCGGGAAAGGGUGAGGGCGUCGGGACGGAGGCGAAGAAUGAAGAGUGGAUUGCUGCUAUCAAGAAGAUCACAGAAAAGAGGGCGGCGAGCUCAUGAGCCGCGGGUUAUCGCUGCGACUAUUAUUACUGCUACUAUUACUACAUUACAAUUAUGUGCUUUCUUACAUCGUACGGCUGGGGCGUGUGGAGAUCUUAGGAUUUUUUCUUUUGGAGGGGGAAUAUGGCGUUAUUUGUUUCUGCGUUCCCAAGUUUGGAUGCCAUGUUAAUAAUACCACAAAUUUCACAUCCAUUCAAUCC